UUAACUUAACCUAACAAAAAGUUAAUGUAUAACUUGGUACAGAAAUCAUAGAUAAUUAGUCAAAUUAUUUUUCUCUCUAAAUUAGUCAAUCAAAUAAGAGAUCUAUUAUAGUUCUCUAUAUUUAUAUGUUUAUAAAAGAUGUAUAAAUGAAUAGAUUAGGUACGAUAGGCUUUUACGUGUAUUAUGUUGAAGCAAUCAUGUGUUGCUUCUUAAGAAGAUAUUUCAUGGAUGACUUAUUAUAUUUUGUUGUGUAAAAUUUCAUAAAAAGCAUAAUUUGAUCAUUCGUACUCAAUAGUAUUUUCUAGUAAAUAUCGUUACAUAAUUGAUAACUUGUUAAUUAAGUAUCGAAAUGUUAUAUUAUUUUGAAUCGGUACUAUAGUAAAAUAAAUUAACUUCUUAAAAUCAGGCGUGUUUCUAAUAAAUAUGAAAUAUGUAAUUGCUGUACAUGCUGGGGCAGGAUAUCUCAAACCAGCCAAUGAAGUCAAGUAUAAAAAACUUUGUAAAAAAGCCUGCAACAAAGGAUUAGAAGUUAUAGCAAAUAAUGGAUCAGCUUUAGAAGCUGUCACAUUAGCUACUUCUGUAUUAGAAGAUUCUCCAAUAACAAAUGCAGGUUAUGGAUCCAAUUUAACUUGGAAUGGUACUGUUGAAUGUGAUGCCAGUAUAAUGGAUGGAAAAUCCAUGCAUUUUGGAGGUAUUGGAGCUGUUUCCGGAGUAAAAAAUCCUAUAAAACUGGCAAAACUUAUAUGUGAAAAGCAAAAUAUGCAAUUGUCUUUUGGUAGAAUUCCUCCUUGUUUAUUAGUAGGUCAAGGAGCUUAUGAUUUUGCAAAAGCUAACAAUAUUGCUAUUGUUGAUCCUCAUGAAUUGAUAACAGAUAAAUCAAAAAAACAAUUUGUAUACAACAAAUACAAAGUCAUGAAAGAUAAUAUUGAUAUCCCUAUGAAUAAGUCAAGGUUAGAUACUGUAGGUUGUGUUUGUAUUGAUAAUUUAGGAAGAACAGCUGCUUCAUCAUCAAGUGGUGGAAUAAUAUUAAAACAUUCAGGACGUGUUGGCCAAUCUGCAUUAUUAGGUUCUGGAUGUUGGGCUCAAAUAAAUGAAAAUGUUUCGAUUGCUGUAACAACAUCUGGCUGUGGCGAACAUCUUAUGAAAACAAAUUUAGCAAAAGAAAUAUCACAUCAAUUAAUGAAUAAUGAAUGUCCUACCUUUGCAAUAAAUAAAAGUUUCAAUGAACAUUUUUUUCAAUCCCCAUUGUUAAGUUCCUACAAAGAAAAACUUGCCGGCGCCUUGGUUCUUUAUCAGAAUAAUGAUUAUUAUGAAAUUUUAAGUGCACAUAGUACCAAAACAAUGUGCUUUGCUUAUGCUACUGAAAGUAAUCAUAAGAGUAUUGUAAGUCGUUUAACUCCUUCUACAUCAGGAAAUCGAUUAUUGGUUCAUGGAUAUCCAGUAUAAUUAUAUUUCUAUCGAACACUAGUCAUAAUAUUUUUAUUAUACCAUGUAAUUUGAAAUUUAAUAAAUAACUUAUGUUUUCCAAAAUCAUUUUAAUAAAAUCAAAUAUUUAAUAAUUUAAAUACUUA